GGCUUUGUGUCCGGUUUUGUGUCCCCGUUUGUGUCCGUGUGCACCGGGUGAGGCUCCCCCCGCGCUAUGGAGCUCCCGUGGCUGGGCGAGCACUGCUCGGAGCGCUCCUGCAAACAGCUCGAUUUCCUUCCUCUGAAAUGCGAUGCAUGUGGGGAAGUCUUCUGUAAAGAUCACAUCCGUUAUGAUGACCACAGGUGCAGCUCUGCUUACAARAAAAAUGUGCAGGUUCCAGUGUGUCCCCUCUGUAACACUCCUAUCCCAGUGCAGAAGGGAGAAAUCCCAGAUAUUGUGGUUGGAGCCCACAUAGAUAAGGACUGCAAAUAUAAUCCAGCACAGCAAAAGCAGAAGAUCUUCACAAACAGAUGCUUAAAGCCAGGCUGCAAAAAGAAAGAGAUGAUGAAGGUGGUUUGUGAACAGUGUGGUGGCAAYUUCUGCAUAAAACAUCGGCAUCCUCUGGAUCACGACUGCAAAGGGAGCAGCCACCCCAUCUCCAAGGCAGGGUAAGCUGAUUGUGAUUUUUCAGCUCAAGCUGAGAUUUCAGAGCUGGUAUCAGGGGUAGGUGGGGAGCUUGGGCAGACAGGGGAUUCUGUAAACUCCUGGUUGUGUUAAUAAAAUAGCCAUGAUUUCCUCUUUGCAUCUCAGGCUGAAUUUUUGAAAUGUCAGCCUUAAUUUCUGAGCCAAGAGAAAAAGCUUGCCAAAUUUUUCUAGAAUUUUCAAGCUUACCCGAGUCA